GACAUGGGAAAUGGAACAGUUGUUAAGGAUUUCAUCCUACUGGGAUUCUCGAGUGUCUCACAUAGCCGGAUCCUUCUCUUCAUACUCUUUCUGUCCAUCUAUGUGGUCACACUAUCAGGGAACAGCGUCAUCAUUGGCGUCACUAGCAUUGACUCCCGGUUGGCCACACCCAUGUACUAUUUCCUCCGGAACCUUGCAGCCAUUGACAUUUGCUACAUUUCCAGCACGGUUCCACAGCUGCUAGUCCAUUUCUUGAGCCAAACCCAGUCAAUCUCGCUUCUGGCCUGUGCUACCCAGAACUACGCCUUUUUUGCCUUUGGUGUGACUGAAUGCUUUCUUCUGGCUGUCAUGGCCUAUGACCGCUAUGUGGCUAUCUGCAACCCCCUAAACUACAUGCUGGUGAUGGGGCAGGGAGCAUGUGCUAAGAUGGCGGCUGCUUCAUGGGUCUGUGGUUUCCUCCAAUCAGUGGUCCUCACAGUGUAUACCUUUCAUGUGCCCUUCUGCAAGUCCAACCGUAUAGACCAUUUCUUCUGUGAGGCCCCUCAGGUGCUCAAGUUGUCCUGUUCUGACACAUAUAUGAAUGAAAUGGUCAUCUUUGCUGUGGCUGUAAUGGUCCUCAUUAUCCCCCUCUCCCUAGUCUUUGUGUCCUACACCCGCAUUGUGGGAACCAUUUUGCGCAUGAGCUCAGCAGCUGGGCGCCUGAAGACGUUCUCCACCUGUGCUUCACACCUCAUCGUUGUCUCCCUUUUUUAUGGGGCAGCCAUUUUCAUGUACAUGAGGCCCAAAUCCACCCACUCUGCCAAUCAGGACAAGAUGAUCUCCUUGUUCUACUCUGUCAUUACCCCUAUGCUCAACCCCAUUAUCUACAGCCUCAGGAACAAGGAAGUGAAGGGGGCAGUGAUGAGAAUCCUGAGGAAAACACUGGAUUCUUAG